AAUGAAGUAAGCCGUAUUUAAAUUUCAGGUUAUAUUAAAGUCGAAAAUAAUGACAAUAUCCUUUUAAAAUAUAUUCCAACAUCGUGUUUCAAAAGUCAAACAAAAAAAUAUUUAAUUUGCAAGAACUUGUUAACGUGCGCGGUAAAAAGAUUUUAUUUUUGCAAUGUAUGAUAAUACAUUUGAAAUUUUCUUAUAAGUACCUACGAUGGCUACAUUAUUUCACACGCUUCAAGACCACAAAGAAUAUGCUGCAAAUAAUUCAAUGAAUAAACAAGAAUAUGAAUCAGGUGGAAAUACAAUGGCAGCACGAAAAAAAAAAAUUCAAGACGUUGAGCAGGAGGAAGGUGAGAUCAUAUCCAACUCUGAAUCAGAACACAGUUUUGACAAUAACGUGCCAUCCAAGCGUUUAAAAAUUUGUAACAAUGAUCAAGAAUUAAAAUUAAAAAGCAAUGAAACAGUAAUAAAUGAUGUGGCUUCAGAAGAUGCUGCCCUGAGUAGAGAAAACCAAUACAAUAGUACUGUAACAUUAUUUCCCCCUGAAAAGCCUAAAGUAUCAGGUGAAGAAUAUUUAAAACUUAAACAAGAAUUAAGAGAAAGAAAACUGAGAUUGAAGAAUAUACCACGAUUAAAUGUAAAAGAAGCAGGUGUUGAAGCUGCUUUAUGUUUACUUCCUGAGAACCGAAUACCUUUAUUUUUAACUGAUAUACAGCAUUUGAUUUUGUAUUCUAUACUAGGAAAUCACUCUCCUUAUCUGCCUUCCCGUUGGUGUCAUUUACAAAAGUGGAAUCAUUUAUCACAAAUUGUAGUAAAUGUUGCGGAAGGGGUCAGUUUAAAUGAUUAUUUAGAACAUAAAUCAUCAUUUGAGACUAUAGAUAACAUAUUUAAUACAUCUGUUGAAUUAGUUACACCCGCAGUUAGUGAAAACAGCAUUAUUGAAGAAUUAGCAUCUGUUCCCUUAACAGGGACCCAGAAGGAUAAACUACUGAAACAGUUUGGAACACUAGAAACUGCCAUGAAAAAUUCCAAAGAUCUUAUGGUCAUGAUGCGAGCUGUAUUCCCAAUAAGUAAAGAAGUUAAAAAUACACACCAGGAUGAUUUACCUCCAACUGAUACAUUUUCUCGGACUAAACUGCUAUUAUCAGCUUGGCAAAUGGUAGAAGAAGGAUAUCCACUGCCAUUAAAAGGUGAACUGGCAAAACGAUAUUCUGAUUUUAUCAUGACUAAAGAUUCAUAUACUCAAGUUACAGCUAAAUCACCAAUGUUUGGUCUAGAUUGUGAAAUGUGUAAGACAAGAUUUGGUUCUGAACUUACAAGAGUAUCAAUGGUCAAUGAAAAGUUUGAAGUGGUUUAUGAAACAUUUGUUAAGCCAUACAAUCCAAUUGUAGAUUAUGUAACUCAAUUUUCUGGAAUCACAAAAAAGAUGUUGGAGAAUGUUACUACACGUAUUGAAGAUGUCCAUCGUGACAUUAGACGAAUAUUGCCUUCUGAUGCCAUACUAGUAGGUCAAUCACUUAACUCUGAUUUACUUGCAUUGAAAAUGAUGCACCCUUAUGUGAUUGAUACAAGUGUAAUUUUUAACAUAACUGGAAACAGGGGUCGGAAAUCAAAAUUACAGUUGCUUGUAAGGGAAUUUCUUGGUCAAGCAAUUCAAACAGCUUCAUCUGGACACGAUUCUAUUGAAGACAGCUCAGCAUCCUUGAAACUAACACAGCUUAAACUAGCUAAAGGCAUUCAUUUUGGAGAUGCUGUACUUGAGAAUUCAAAUAAGCAAUAUAAGGAGCUUUCAAAUAGAGACAAUCCUGAGAAUGAUUACUCUACUAGUAUAUUUAAUCAAGUUACACGCUGCCAUAAAACUGGUCACUUACCUUCUGCACAAAUUCUGGGAUGCCCAGAUACAAUAUCUCAAUAUGAAAACUUUUUAUUAAACGAUGAAAAAAAAAUUAUAAAAUGUAUUCCAAGUAAUACAAACAAAGAAGUUAUCAAGAAUACCUGUGAAAGGAGUCUUGAGCAUAAACUUACCAUUUCACACAUAAAAAUUUCAAAAAACAAAAUGGUAUCAGAAAAAAUAGAGAAAACUCUGAAAAAAAUAGAUAAAUGGGUAGGGAUGAUUUGGGAUAACAUGACGAAAAAUAGUUUAUAUAUUUUUAUACUAGGAGGCGAUGUAAAUGCAAAUGGUGCAUGUUUUUUGGGGAUAAAAAAACAAUCAACUGGAUUGUGAGAUAUUAUAGCUUAAUAAUGAAUAUGUUAUAUAAUA